CUGCUGCCAUGGCGGAGAAGGAGGGGAACGGCGAGGAUGGCGCAGUAGCUGAAAUUGAGAAAAAGAUUAUAGAAGCUUUUGAGGUGUUUGACCAUGAAUGCAAUAAAACUGUGGAUGUCAGAGAGAUUGGUUCAAUUGUCAGGUCACUGGGUUGCUUCCCAACUGAGGCAGAACUACAUGAGCUGCUUGCAAAGGUAGAAGAAGAAGAACCGACUGGAUACAUUCAUCUGGAAAAAUUUCUUCCAGUGAUGACAAAAGUACUACUCGACAGAAGCUACCGGCCUAUUCCAGAAGAUGUUCUUCUACAUGCAUUUGAGGCUUUGGAUGAGAAUAAAUGUGGAUAUAUUACUAAAGAGGAGCUGGUCAAAUAUUUGACUGAAGAAGGUGAGCCCUUUACUCAGGAAGAAAUGGAGGACAUGCUCUCCACUGCUCUAGAUCCAGAAACAAACACUGUUCGCUACAGAGACUACAUUUCAAUGAUGAUAGUAGAUGAAACUUAAGAUCUUCCCCUUUACUGUUUGAGAUGCCUUUUGGUAACAGCAGUGUAGCUUGGCAGUUAGUUGAAAUAUGUAUUUUAAAGUAUAACAAAGCUCAGCUUGUGACUUUGUGCUUAUAAUUAAAAUAAAAUCUGUGUAGCUCUAUUUCCUUGGGUUCUGUAUACAUAUUGAAAUAUAUUCACACCUGGAAAAAGAGCUCUCGACAGAAAUACUGUGUAAGGUCUGGAAAAGAAAUCAUAGAAUUUGGUUUGAAAAUAACAGGAAAAAUAAUGUUAAUGGAGUCAAGAAAUGACUUUACAAUUGCUUCUGAAAAACUAACGGAAAAUGAGACCUGUGAAAGCGGGUAAUAAGUAGGUAAGUGAGUACCUUAAGAUGACUAAAAUUGUGAAGGCAUGCCACUAAGAUAAAGCUUUUGUAUUUAAAUGUAAUCCCUGUUUGUGUUUAACUAAUAAGGCACCAGGUAGGUUACUCCUUUUGAAAUAAUA